AAUAAAAUAAACAACGUUUAAACAAAUUAAGCAGCAUGGCGGGACGAGGUAGAGGUAAAACAGGAUCCCUAACACAAGAACAGUUACAGACAUUAGGAUGUGUAGGCAAGGAUAUGCCACAGGUACAAACGGCUCCGCCACCUACCUAUCCGCCCUUAAUGUCCAAGCCUGUUACAUUAGAGACAACAGCUGCCCAAAGUUAUCAGAUAUUGUGGAAAGAAGAUUUCCUAAAUCACAUGAGAGACUCGCCCUAUUUUCUACAGACUUUAGAAAAAACCAAAAUAAAUAAGUCAAUUUUAAGUUAUGGGCAAAAAACAGCGAAUGACACAGAAUCGAAUAAAAUGAAAACUAAAGCGGAAUUUAAUUGGUCCCUAAUGCCUGCCGAAUUACAAAUGGCCAAUAGAAAACGUAAGACUGAUUUGAAACCCAAAGAUGUGAAAAAGACCAAGACAGGCAAUAUUGAAGAUCGUUUAAAACAAUUGGAGGAAAAAGAACGCACUGAUAAUGAUAAAGAAACUGGAAAUAAAAACAAUUCAGAUUCUGAACAAGAAAUGGAAGAAAAUGAAGAGGUGGUAGACGAUGAAAUGGAUGACGAAAAUGAUUAUGGCAAUAGCUAUUUUGACAAUGGAGAAGCCUACAACGAAGAAGAUGACAACUUAGAUGACGGUCCUGUGUAUUAAAAUAAAGAAAAUAAGAACAGAACAAA